AUGCAGAAGCUACAAGGUGAGGUAAGGAAUUUGGUUAGUGGCAGAACUCGCGUGACUGAGGAAGAUUUAAGCAGCAUGCAUUACUUGAAGGCAGUGAUUAAAGAAGCCUUCCGAUUACAUCCUCCAGGUCCUUUGUUGCUUCCAAGGGAAUCCAUGGAAGAUGCCAAAGUGAUGGGUUAUGACAUUGCAAAGGGCACACAAGUAAUGAUCAAUGCUUGGGCAAUUGGAAGAGAUGGUUCUUACUGGGAGCAAUCUCUGGAGUUCAAACCAGAGAGAUUCUUAAAUAGUUCUAUAGAUAUUGAGCUGCUCCUAGCAAACCUUGUUCACCAAUUUGAUUGGGAAGUUCCUAGUGGAGUAGCGGGGGAUCAGACACUGGACAUCACUGAAACUAUUGGGUUGUCCAUGCAUAGAAAAUCCCCUCUCAUGGCAAUUGUAUCCCAUCAUGCAUAA